GUGGUCUUCAAUUCCAGAUCACCGUUAGCUUUCCAGUCAUCUUCAGCAAGCAUCACAAUACUCAACACGGCAACGCUUCCCGAUUUCCCGGCCACAAUCCAACAAAACAAAUCACCUUUCCGUUUCGAAGUUCAUUUUCCAGCUUUCAGUUUCUCCUUUUUUUACUCUUAAAUCGCCACUUCAAGCAUAGGUGCAUUCUGAGGAAGAUGAGCGGUGGCGGUAUGUUUACCGGCUUCACGAGGCUGUGCAAGGGGACGGCCGCCGUGCUUGUCGGUGGCUACGUCCUCGUUCAGAUUCUCCCCUCUGCUCUUUCCUAUCUUGCACUUAUACCUGCAAAGUAUUUUUUUCUUAUCUUUUUCCUUCAUCCGCUGUUGAUUUCAUGGGAUUCGGGUUCAUUGACUUGAAGUUAAAUCACUUGCAUUGAUUUUAUGUGUAGAAAAUGUAUGUACAUUGCACAUACUAUCAUAUGAGACCUUAAUCUAAACUGUGAACUUCAUGAUGCCUGAGAUGCUAAAACUAGAAAAGGGAAUUGUUGUUAUAUUGUCGGUCUUGGCCUAGCAAAAAAUGAUUCCAUCUGGUGGUUGCUUGAGUAUCAAGGCUUAGAUCAACACAAAACCACUAGGAUUGGGCUUUAAGGUAGUAUUUUUCUUCUAGGGAUUGGAGGUAGCGUCAGUGUAUGAUGUGUAGUGGUGAUAUAACUGUAAUCAUGGUUCCCGAUGCUAUUAUUACCGUCCUUUUUAUAUCAUCUUUGAGUGCAUGAGAAACGUCCGGGUUUACUAUGUAGAAGUUCACGUUAAAAAUUCUGAUAUGAGAGAUGGAUGGUAUUAUUAUUAUUGUUAUCAUUUUUUAGCACAUUAUUAUCAUUAUUUUACUCCGUAGUAUACAUUUGGCUAUCGGAUGAUAUCUUUUAGGAUUAGUGCCUUCGAAGUUAAUCUGCACCAUUAUAAAAGUAUCCAAAAUGCUAUUGCUUAUCACAUUCGCUGUUCCCCGAACAAAGCAAUCACCUCCUUAUCUGAAAUAAAUAAGGCAAUACAAAAAGUGCAGUUUCAUCUAUUCGCACAAAGAUGUUGAUUUUUGAAAGUAUAUUAUAUUUUGUGGUGACAACAAAAGAUUCGUCAUCUGCAAUCUUAGAAUCCCUUAUGCCUUCUGUAGACAGAGAAGUAGAGAACUCCUAAUAUGUAUAAUAACCCACCGUGAUUAUCAGACUUGCAGAAUAACACCGAGGGGAAAAGAUUAUGGACUUGGCACAUUGUUUUUCACUAAUGGGUUUUUUUCGCAUCUGAAAACUUUAUUUUGCAGAACUAUUCCCUUUGCAUGGAAUCUUAUAACAGCUGGUUAUAUUGAACAGUCCAUAUAUGGGGUGGUUGUCAGCAUUAUUGGGCUACUUUUCAUGGGGAAGCUGCUUGAACCUAUUUGGGGCUCUAGGGAAUUUCUGAAGUUUAUCUUUAUUGUCAACUUUUUGACUGCCGUCUGUGUUUUUAUUACAGCUAUAUCAUUGUACUACAUAACGAGAAUGGAAAGCUACCUGUAAGUGAUGCGGGAACCUCUAUAUGACUUAAAAACAUUGUUAAACAUUCAUCCUCAGUUUUCAGGGAUCAAUUUAAUGUGUCUGCUUUUUCUUGGUUUUUACUUUGUAUAUUCCAUCCAUUCUCAUCAACUCUUGUGCUUAAAUAGACUAUAUGUAGACAGGCAAAUCAACUUGACGUGUCAUUGUGUUGUAUAUGAUGAGUAUGUUUUACUCGAAUCUAAUUGGACAGGACCUUACUGUUUCAUACUUUCGAUUGACAUGCAUUGUCUUCCACAUUCUAUUUGUGCCUCCCAAUAUGAUAUGAUAUUAGACUUUUACUUCAUUGAUGCAUUCCAAAGGUGAAGCUCAAUAUUUUCUUAUUUUUCUAUUCCUUUUGAACCUCUUCAACAGUUAUCUACCUACUUCCGGCUUCCAAGGGGUCCUUUAUGGUUUCUUAGUUGGCAUCAAGCAAAUCAUGCCCGACGAAGAGCUGUCUUUUUUAAAACUAAAGGCAAAGUGGUUGCCUUCCCUUGCACUGCUAGUGUGUGCUGCUUUAAGUUUUUUUGCAGUGGAUUCGUCUUCAUACCUUCCAACUUCAGUAUUUGGCACAUACAUGGGAUGGAUUUACCUCAGAUACUGGCAAAGGAACCCAGAAACAAAACUCAAGGGUGAUCCAAGUGAUGAGUUUGCAUUUUCAACUUUUUUCCCUCAGUUUCUGCGACCUGUAAUUGAUCCCAUUGCUAGUGUACUGGAUCGAAUGCUGUGUGGGAAAAGAUCUGAAAUUUCUAAUGAAGAGAGGGAAGGCUACACUGUAGGUGGCAUCCCGUUGCCUGGUUCUGACCCUAUUGAAGCAUCCAGGAGAAGGGAAAGAGGCGCGAGGGCACUGGAAGAAAGAUUGGUGGCAACCGAGAGGCUGGCGGCUUCUGGUGCGAACAAGGCUGGAGAGUCCCAAACAGAUGGUGCAUCAGAUAAUGUUUAAAUGCCCUUUUUCCUGUGUAAAUGCCUUUUACCCCUUCACACCAAACAUAUCCCAGAAUGUAUGUCCCAAUACACCCCUGGACAUUUUUGUGCAACCUUUUUGCCCUUUAGAUUCUUUGACAGCGGUUUUAUUGCAUUUUCAUUACAGUCCAUGUGGUUGGUUGCAUAUACUCUCUCUGUCCCAUAAAAUGAUUCUGUGUUA